CCAUCAUCCCUCGUUGGCUGCGAUCAUGUCGUCGCCCACAGUCCAGAUGGUGGCAUCCACCUCCUCGUCAUCUUCGUCAGCAUCAGCUUCAACAUCCGCCCUCCCCACGAUCGUCUCCAAGUCUCGCCCUGCUCGCAAGCAGAUUACGGCCCAUCGUCUCGAGCAGAUCCGAAAUGAGGCAGACAAGAGCAACCAGACCGGCGUCUCCUACAACAUCUGGUAUAACAAAUGGUCCGGCGGGGACCGCGAUGACCAUGUAAAGCACAAGUCCGAGACUCGCUGCGAUAUAGCUCGCGAUGCCGGCUACACGCGCGGCGAUGCUUUGCAGACACCAUUCAUCUGCCUGCAGUUCGCUAGAGGAUGCUGCUAUCUUGGAGCAGACUGUACCUUCUUACACCGUCUGCCGCGUACUCAGGUCAAAGGGGCUCAUGGAGAACAUACCAGCACCAUGGACCAAGGCAAGGACAUCUUUGGACGAGAGAAGGGAGGGGAUUACAGAGAUGACAUGGGUGGCGUGGGCUCCAUACAGCGUGUCAAUCGUACGCUAUACAUUGGCAAGAUACACGAGGAAGAGGAAGAUCUGCGCAAAGUCUCGACUGGAGGUGGCGCCAACGGAGUCGGGCCGCAGUGGAGGGAUGGAGGAAGGACGGUAAAGGGUGGAAAGUCGGUGGGUCAAGCAAGAAGGGACGUAGCCAUCCGCAACGACAACGGCAAGGUCAAGUCCGCGGGCAAUGACACAAGCAGCAAUGACCUUCCCAACCUCCCACCCGCACCCGUCUUUCCUGUCACUGCAACAGAGAAGGUACUGCGACGUCACUUUGGCGAGUUCGGCCCGCUAGAGCGAGUGCGCGUCCUCACGCACCGAGGCUGUGCUUUCGUCACCUACUCUUCUGAGGCUUCCGCGCAGUUCGCCAAGGAAGCAAUGAGCAACCAGUCUCUGGACCAUGGGGAGAUCUUGAACGUUCGAUGGGCAACAGAAGACCCCAAUCCGACGGCCAAGAAGAGGGAGAGGGCGAGAAUGGAGGGCGAGGGCAGGAAGAGGGUCGAGGAGAGGAUGACUGAUGAGCAGAGGGAGUAUCUGGCCGCGAGAGCGAGGCUGGAGGCUGGGUUGCCAGAGCCCGAGGAGGAUGGAGAGCAUGAUGGCAAGCGAUUGCGCAUUGAGGCUGGGGAGGGGGAAGAGAUGGAUGAAGAGGAGAUGGCUAGACUGAUUGAGGAGAAUCGGCGAAAUUGGGAGGAAAUGGACAGGCAAGACGAGGAGGAAAGAAAAGCACAGGCUGCGCCUGCGCCUGUCGUACCCAACAUCAGCAGCGCCUCAGCGUCAGCGUCAACGGCAGCGUCGCCACCUGCGGCCACGGCCCCAACAGGCUUCUUCUCUUCAGAUGCGCUUGGCGGCUUGGCUUAUAUUCAGGCUCUCAGGAAGCAACAAGGUCAAGAGCAGCAGCCCGCGUCCGCGAAGCAGGCCCAGCCAAAGCCGGCAGCAGCGAAGACAGCAGCGCCUACUGGUGGGCUUGGCGGGCUGGCAGCGUAUGGGAGCGACAGCGAGGAUGAGGAUUGAUGGCGAGACGUCCACUACAUUGCGAUGCGAGAUGAUGUCUGCAAUCAUAUCAUUCACCCGCCACCUUCCAUCUGCGUCUCGCUCAUCCCAAUCUCGCCCUCGCCAACUGCUCCUCCCUUCUCCUCUGACCCACUGAAGCCAGGUCCUCCCCCUCCCCCCUCUGCGCUCCUCCUCGUCUCGGCACCUGUCCCGCCUGAGUCUGUGCAGCCCCAUGCGUCUGAAGCAGGACAUCAU